AUGUUCCCAGCACGGACAUUUCAAACGAAAUUAAUAGAGGAUGAUUCAGAACGUAAAACGAUAAAGAAAAAUUUUCUUCAAACAGUAAUUCAUAAAGUUAAAGAUUACAUUGUUUUGUUCCUGGAAACUUCUUCUAUACAUGGCUUGAACCACUUGGUUGUGGUUGGGAGACAUCCGUUCGAAGUGUUUCUCUGGUUGUUCAUGGUGAUCAUCUCAGUGUUUGGGACCGUCAUCCUGUCCAAGACUACUUGGUCUCGCUAUCAGUCCUCACCAACUGUUGUUUCUAUGGACAGGGACAUGUUUGCUUGGAACACCACCUUUCCUUGUAUAACUCUCUGUCCCACCAAAAAACUGGAUCCGACGAAGCUAACCAAUUAUAUUAGAAAUGCAAAUGCAACAGAUCCUGACGAACUUCGAGAAUUUAUAACGGCGCUCGCUAAAGCAAAUUUCGAAAAUUUCAACACAGUGCCCUAUUAUCACGAGAUAAGCCCUGACAGAUAUUUGGAAUUGAUUCUUAGCUUGGCUCCACCAUUCGCUCCUUCUCUGACUAUUGGAGCCUCUGGUAUCAACCUGCAGAUUGAACCCACUAUAACUGAGAUGGGUUUGUGUUACGCGAUUAACUCCAAGGUUGCUGUAUAUAAUUCUCCUAAGUAUAGAGCAGCAAAUAGAUGGGAUAUAGUGACAACUAAGAAUUUCACAUUUUUUGUUCAUCCUCUGGACGGAGAGGUUUUUGCUCAGCUGAAUAAUAUAUCCAGUUCCUAUGAGGUCUACAUCCAUGGGCCGUUAGAGGUGCCUGAUAUAUCAACGAAGCGUCACUACGCUGAUGAGAACUAUUACAUGAAGAUAUACGUGACCGCCAUGACGGUCUACACAUCACCAGAGGCCGCCAAGCUCAGUGUAGCUCAACGUCGAUGUCGCUUCCUCCACGAGAACUCUUUGAAACAUAACUCAGUGUAUACAUACAAUAUGUGUCGUAUGGAAUGCCGCUUGCGACUGUGUCUUAAAUACUGCAAGUGUGUGCCUUUCUUUUAUAGAAAUGGCAAGGAAAAAAUUUGUGAUGUCGAGGGAAUGCAAUGUUUAGCAAAAUAUAAAGAUGAUCUUAUUAAACUUAGAACAAAAGAUGGAAGGAAGGUUAGUUGUGAAUGUCUUCCUAUUUGCGAUGAUGUCAACUAUAUUGUUCAAUCACAUGCCCUGCACGAGUGGUUCCUUGGUACAUUCUUUCAGUGGGGAAUCGUUACUUACCCUAGAAUGCGUUAUAGACGGGACAUUAUAUUCGGUUUUACUGACGUUCUUGUUGCUGUCGGAGGCAUGGCUGGACUGUUUCUAGGCUGCAGUGUUCUCAGUUUUAUGGAAAUAGUGUAUUUCUUGACAUUACGUCUUUUCUGGUACACGAGGAGAGGUUAA